GUUCCUAUUAGUUUUGAAGAAUUUGACUUUACACUUUCACACUUGUGCUUAUAACAACUUUCCAGUUUUACGACAAACGCCAAGAUAAAAAUCUUAAAAAGUAUUAAAGCAACAUGCACUAGCAGCUCAGCUUUACAGAAAAAAAAUAAAUAAACCUACUCUCAGACUUCACUGGCAUAUGGUUCAUGAGAUACUAUUACUGGAAUAGAUUAUUCAUGCUAGGAUGUGAGAGUUACACCUGACUAAAUUGUUUUCACAUAUUUAAACAAAAUCCCAUCUAGCUGCCCCCCACUCUCCCCACACACACAAAGGUCACCAUCUAUGCAGGCAAGCAAAAAGCACCCUAUUAUAAAUUUUGUAUGUAGCACAUUAAAAGCCAGAUUCAACACUGGAAUAAACACACACGCCACUUUCCAUUUGAAAUGCUCAAAUACAAUGAGGAAAGAUGCAGCACGACAACCUGAAUAGAAUCUGACUUGGUUGCAACUGUCUGUUAACCUUUUAGGAGACCACAGAUUUGUGGACCCAAGUCAUGAGUCUGAGAUUCCAAUGUCUGGGGAUGUUUGGACCUAUGGGUGAUGGUUCCAGGUACAGUUCUGGCCUCUGGGAAUAGGCCUGUGAUCACUCAUUUUCCUCUUGAGGAGUUUAACUGAGCAGCAUUCUGAAUGUUCACUGAGGGAGAGCACUGGUUUUGCGGCUGAGGGCAGCUAGACCACAGAGUCCCGUCUUCCCAUUGAGGGGCCCAGACAGGGGGUCUGCACACUGAAAGUGUACGUAAGAGGCCAGACCAAGAGAUAGUGUGUGGACCUACCCAGACCUAGUGGCCUUGGAAGCAUGUGUGAUCCAAAGGCUUGGGUCCAAUAUAGCAGUCUAGUGACCUUCCACAAAGGAGGACUGUAGCAAUUACAAAAGCAUUAUAUGCUGUCUGCUCCUGGUGGAAUUAGACAGGAAAGCAGACAAAAAUCUCAAAUAGUCUUCCAUUUACCAAUAGUUAAAGGACAAGGGAAUAACUGCUGUGAAGUCUAUCCCUGCCCCCAUCCCGUGGGGUAGGGUGCAUCAACUUGUUUGGCCAGGUUCAGGAGGCUCGGAACAGAUAAGGGACUUUAAGAAGGAUAAAAAGGUCAACCCCUGAAGAGGCUCUGUCCAGGUGGAUUUUUCAAAUAACAGGCAAUGUCCAGGAUUUUUGCAGAGCAGAUACUCCAGCUCAGAAAGAGCCCAGACUCGUCCACUUCCCGAUUGGUCCCUCCCCUGCAUCUGCAGCUGAUUGGUCCAUUCCCCCGCCACAGACAGUCACUCCAGCACCCCUAACUGUACUCCCCCUCCAGCUUACCCCCAAACUGCAGCAGUGUCCUCUUUUUGAGCACUUGAAAUAUGGUAAUCUGAAGGGGUGCACACUGUCCCUCACAGCUCUAGAAGCAGGGGUGUCUGGGUAAGAUGAGCCUACCUAAAUUUUAGGUAAGACAGUAGAGUCUUUGUUGGGUUAAUACCCCUUUCCUCUUUUGAUGCUGCAUUCCUUCUGUUUAAAUUAAACAAUACUUUGUUUUGAAAAGGCUGUUCAAUCUCCCUGUAUUCAAACAUUGGUCACAGCUCCAGAAGGGAAGAAUUUCAGGGCUUGAAUCUAGUCAAGCCUGCUGCAGAAUCACGGUUGAUAUGCAAGGGACUCUAGCUUCAUGCCCAGGUCUAAGAGUGGGAGAAUUGCAAGAUUCCACCCCAGAGGGGGGACAACUAAAGGUCUAACGCCACAGAGAGGAUCCCCUGAGACCAACUCACAGAGGGGGUCAGAGGAACAGCUAAGCUAACCAUGAACUGUAACAAAAGCUAAUAGCCAAGGAUGUCAUUACAUGGUCUGGAGAAAAGCAGAUCUGUCACUGGAAUCCCUUGAUGGAAUUACAUCCUCCUUCCCUAUAUUCAUGGCCACCUGAGACUGCAGAGCAUGUGACAGCUGGAACAUCUGCAUGUUAAACUGAGGGCUAAUCUACAUUAGAAGUGCUGCAGCUGCACUGUUGUAGCAUGUCUGGAGAAGAUGCUCAGUGCUGAUGGGAGGGAGCUCUCCCACUAGCAUAAUAAAUCCACCUCCAUGAGAGGCAGUAGCUCAUCCACUGACAUAGCCCUGUCCACACCAGCAUUUAGGUCAGUGCAAUUUACAUCACUAAAGGAUGUGGAUUAUUGACACCCUGGAGCUACAUAAAUUAUACUGAAAUAAGCUCUAGUGCAGACCAAGCCUUAAGGAAGGGUAGUUAUUACAUUAGUCCCAAAAAAUAAUCCUUAAAUCGCCUUAUGUUUUCUUGGCCUUUAUACCUGCUCAGCUAACUUGGUUCACACUAAUAAUCUCAAAGGUCUUUCCUAGUAUCGCUGGUAAAGAAGUAGCAUCCACAUCUUGGAAGGUGACCUGUGUUCCUGCACUAUGCUCGCUCCUUUCAGAGGUCUGAGCAAAGGGAUUGACUUGGAAAGGUUCACCGCUCAGUUAUAUAAAGAGAAGAGGAAAAGUCACUGGUGUCCACUCAAGCACUGAAGGGGACUAAUUCUCACACCCCUUAAGGUGGUUCCUUCUAGUCAAGGAUGAGAAACAUCAGCAGGGCAGUGGGAGAAUGGGCAGCAUGAGGGCAGUGUAACUGUACUUGUUCUGCAAAUAAAGAAAGGACUUCAGUCUCCAGCACUCUUGGUCUGGUGUCUUUUACAAACUUCACGGCCACUUAGCAGCUUAAUGGGAGAAAAAGGAAAAGAGGACACGCAGCACUUGGCUGGCUGGAAAUCAGUACAGGAAUUCAGCGUGAGAGAUUUGUGUUAAAUGUUAAUUCAACAAGAGGCUGUUUUCCUCUCCUUUGGAGCUCACAGCAACAUGGAACAGAUACAGGAGCCAAUCCUAAACCUAUUGAAGUUGGUGGCAAAUGUCCAGUUGGCUUCAGUGGAGCAGGAUGAAAGCCAGGGUCUUUUUUGCAUUCUAAAAAUAUAGGGCCCUCUCCUGCUAUCGCACUGUAUGUGAAUCUGCCAUUGAAGUCAACUGGAGUUUCUGCAUAAAAAUCAUCACAGCACGUCAUUAGGGCCAUAGAAACCUGAGACAUAAGAGUCCUACUGAGACAUCCAUUGGUCCACCAGGCCCAAUGCAGGAUUUGUGCUAGUGCUUGGCCAGUCCAGACUAUACUGCAAAUACAUUUUACUACCUAUCAGCACUGAAAGCUUUACUGAGGAUAGGCAGCGCUGGAGGAGACAAGAAUGGCCACACAGAAAGAGUGGAUAAUAUGUGGAAAAUAUUAAUAAAUCCCCUUGCUGCAACAGCUGUAAAGGAAAUUCCUACCAUAAACAUUCGCAUUUAAAAAAAAACAUAUCUGCGAGUGACAUCACUUUUAAAUAAACACACAGAUAAUAACUGGUUUUUAGAUAUGACUUCAAAAACCCAACUAAAUAUCUUCUCUCCUGUAAAAGAAAUUAUGUCCGAAAAAAACUGAGAAAGAGUAGAAAGCCUAAAAUACUUGUUUUCCCCCAUUUUAUAUUUUUUCAUGACAGAUAUGAAUGAGAGAUCACCUUUUCCCCACCUCCUGCCUGAAAAACCAGGUUGAGUUUGCAUAGUUGGUCACUAGAAAAAUCUUUAAUUGUAAACUGUGCAGUUUUAAUAAGAUACAGAUGGUGGAGUGUAGAUUCCCACAUUGGCAUUGAAAGGGUUAAGAGAAGGGAAUUAAAGACCCGGUGGCAACUACAGGGUGUGGCAGCCCCAUUAAAGAUGAAGCAUAGCUGGGAAGAAGAGAGUGAAAGACCUCUACAUAGUCCCCCUCUCAGCAGUUCAGUGGCGGACAGAAAGCUGAAAGACACCUGCUGAGCCAGAGAAGGACUCCAAGGGAGUAGAGGGGAAAAGUCCAAGGAAAGAGUUGGCCCUGGGUUCCUCCCCCUAAGCAGAGAACUCUAGCAACUGGCCAGGAGAUGCCAGUGGGGUGGACACUUGUGGUGGUCCUUGAUAAAUGGCAGGAUCUGGACCUCUGGGGAGAAAGCCCUAGGAGGUGUUGAACUGAGGAGCAGAGCACAGGGGAAAGCUAAGAAAGAUUGAAGUUCAAUUGUGAGGAGGACAAAAUGGUUUGUUUACAUUUUCAUUUGGGAUUUGUUAGGGGACACGGUGGGGGGAAUGGAGGGAGCCCUGCAAACCCCUCCCCUGCCAUGAACGUUGAGAAGUGGUGCAGCCUGGGAAGACAGGUUGUGAAGGCUGAUAAGAAUACAAGUAUACAGUGGGCCCAGGAAGGGGCUGUGGCAGAUGCCUGCUGAGGGAGGAAAAAGCCCAGAGAGUUAGCAGGGAGCAGGGCUGCAUAGACAAUGCUUGCCUGCUCACUACUGUGUCCCCGAGCUGGAACCCAAAGGAGAGGAAGGGCCUGGGUUCCCCUACCAGCAAGGUGGCAUGAAGCUGCCGAUAUAAGGAGAUAAGGACCCUUUAAAGUCCUGAGACGACAGAGUUUAAGGACCAUGGGGUUCAAAGUUGGGGGUUGAAGACCUGAUGUAAGGACACUGGACUUGUAUUUGUUGGACCCCCUGGAACCCAGCAGAGCAGGGUUGGGGGAAGUAAAUGGCCUGGAUGGAGGGCCGAGCCGUGAGAAGAGGCAGACCACCGCAGGGCUAGAGCUGCUUCGGCAGGAAAGGAAAGCCUGCAACACCAUGCCCCGCCAUAAGAGGCAAGCCAGCGUUUGUGCGGCAGAUGACAUUCGCAAUGAUAUCCAUGAGCUGAAGCGCUUAGAGAACUGCACGGUAAUUGAGGGUUACCUCCAGAUUCUGCUGAUCUCCAAAGCAGAGGACUACCGCAACUUCCGCUUACCAAAGCUCACAGUUAUCACCGACUACUUGCUGCUAUUCCGUGUGACAGGCUUAGAGAGCCUCAGUGAUCUCUUUCCCAACCUCGCAGUCAUUCGCGGAAGGAACCUCUUCUACAACUAUGCUCUGGUUAUCUUUGAAAUGACUAACCUCAGAGAAAUUGGGCUUUACAGUCUGAGGAACAUCACCCGUGGGGCCAUCCGGAUCGAGAAAAACUCUGAACUGUGUUACCUCUCCACGGUGGACUGGUCUCUGAUAUUAGAUGCAGUGUCCAACAACUACAUAGUUGGGAAUAAAUCUCCAAAGGAGUGCGGGGACUUGUGUCCAGGGACGAUGGAAGAGAAGCCAUUGUGUGAGAAGACCUCCAUUAACAAUGAGUACAACUACCGCUGCUGGACCACCAACCACUGCCAGAAAAUGUGCCCCAGCGCUUGUGGCAAACGGGCUUGCACAGACCAAAAUGAAUGUUGCCAUCCCGAGUGCUUGGGGAGCUGCACUGUGCCCGACAACAACACGGCUUGUGUGGCCUGUCGCAACUACUACUACGAAGGAGUCUGCGUACCCACCUGCCCACCGAACACCUACAAGUUUGAAGGCUGGCGUUGCGUUACAAAAGACUUCUGUUCCAAAGCCUCUGCUACAGAGACAAGUGACUAUGAGAAGUUGGUGAUCCACAAUGACGAGUGCAUGACAGAGUGCCCUUCUGGAUUCAUACGCAACGGGAGCCAAAGCAUGUUCUGCAGCCCCUGCGAAGGGCCUUGCCCAAAAAUCUGUGAUGAAGAGAAAAUAAAGACCAUUGAUUCUGUCACAUCAGCACAGAUGUUGCAGGGAUGCACCGUCCUCAAGGGGAAUCUGCUUAUUAACAUCCGCCGUGGGAACAAUAUUGCUUCUGAGCUGGAGAAUUUUAUGGGUCUGAUAGAAACAGUAACUGGGUAUGUGAAGAUCCGCCAUUCCCAUGCAUUAGUCUCCCUCUCUUUCUUGAAGAAUCUGCGAUAUAUUUUGGGAGAGGAACAGCUGGACGGGAAUUAUUCUUUCUAUGUGCUGGACAACCAGAAUCUGCAACAACUAUGGGACUGGAACCACCACAACCUGACGAUCAAAGAGGGGAAAAUGUACUUUGCGUUUAAUCCCAAACUGUGUGUGUCUGAGAUUUACCGCAUGGAGGAUGUGUCGGGAACCAAGGGACGGCAGAGUAAAGGAGAUAUAAAUCCAAGAAACAAUGGAGAGAGAGCAUCUUGCGAAAGCCACAUUCUGAAUUUUGUCUCCAACACCACCCUGAAGAACCGGAUUAAGCUCACCUGGGAGCGGUAUCGUCCUCCGGAUUACAGAGAUCUUAUUAGCUUCACUGUUUACUACAAAGAGGCACCAUUCAAGAAUGUGACAGAGUAUGAUGGGCAAGAUGCUUGUGGUUCUAAUAGCUGGAACAUGGUGGAUGUUGAUCUGCCCCCAAACAAAGAGAACAACCCUGGGAUUUUACUGCAGGGACUGAAACCUUGGACUCAAUAUGCCAUUUAUGUCAAGGCUGUUACUCUCACAAUGAUGGAGAAUCAUCACAUCCAUGGAGCAAAGAGUGAAAUAGUCUAUAUACGCACCAAUGCUUCAGUACCAUCUAUCCCACUGGAUGUUAUUUCAGCAUCUAAUACUUCCUCUCAGUUAAUAGUGAAAUGGAAUCCACCCUCUCUCCCCAAUGGCAAUCUGUCCUACUAUAUUGUACGGUGGCAGCAGCAGCCUCAGGACAGUUAUCUUUACCGACAUGACUACUGCUCCAAAGAUAAAGUUCCAAUUCGGAGAUAUGCUGAUGAGACCAUUGAUACAGAAGAAGCCACCGAACCCACCAAGCCAGAGGGGAGUGAGGGAGAAAAAGGACCUUGCUGUGCUUGCCCCAAGACAGAGGCAGAGAAGCAAGCUGAGAAGGAGGAGGCAGAGUACCGGAAAGUCUUUGAGGACUUCCUCCAUAACUCCAUCUUUGUGCCCAGACCGGACCGGAAGCGCAGGGAUGUGUUCCGAAUUGCAAACACCACCCUUGCCAGUAGGAACAAGAACACAACAGUGCCAGAUCACUUUGCCAAUGUGUCUGAUGUGGAGGAGAGUGAGAUGGAAUAUCCAUUCUAUGAGAGCAAAGUGGAGGGCCGGGAAAGGACGCUCAUCUCCCACCUCCAGCCUUUUACUCUUUACCGUAUUGAUAUUCACAGCUGCAACCAUGAAGCAGAGAAACUUGGGUGCAGUGCUUCCAACUUUGUCUUCGCAAGAACCAUGCCUGCAGAAGGAGCAGAUAACAUUCCAGGAACAGUAACGUGGGAAGGCAAAGAAGAUAAUGCCAUCUAUCUGAAAUGGUCAGAACCUGUAAACCCUAAUGGAUUGAUACUGAUGUAUGAAAUCAAAUAUGGGCAGCACGGAGAGGAGAAACCGAAAUGUGUUUCUAGACAGGAAUACAGGAAGUUUGGAGGAGCCAAACUAACUCAUCUAAACCCUGGAAACUAUUCUGCCAGAGUUCAGGCCACCUCUCUAGCUGGAAAUGGAUCAUGGACUGAACCAGUGUCUUUCUAUGUACAACCCAAACCGGCAGACUAUGGGAAUUUCCUGCACUUGAUAAUUGUGCUUCCCAUUGCGGUGCUGCUAGUCAUUGGAGGUUUGCUAAUAAUGCUGUACGUCUUUAACAAAAAGAGUAACAUUGACCGACUAGGCAAUGGAGUGCUUUAUGCUUCUGUGAAUCCUGAGUACUUCAGUGCUUCUGAUGUGUAUGUUCCGGAUGAGUGGGAAGUGCCCCGUGAGAAGAUCACCAUGUGCCGGGAGCUAGGGCAGGGCUCCUUUGGAAUGGUUUACGAGGGAAUAGCUAAGGGAGUGGUGAAGGAUGAACCAGAAACUAGAGUGGCCAUCAAAACUGUCAAUGAGUCUGCAAGCAUGCGUGAACGGAUAGAGUUCUUAAACGAAGCCUCAGUCAUGAAGGAGUUCAAUUGUCAUCAUGUGGUGCGGCUGCUUGGAGUCGUCUCUCAAGGCCAACCAACACUGGUUAUCAUGGAGCUCAUGACACGUGGGGAUCUCAAGAGUUAUCUGAGAUCUCUGCGGCCGGACACAGAGAAUAAGCCAGGCCAGUCUCCUCCAACUCUGAAGAAGAUGAUUCAGAUGGCAGGAGAGAUUGCUGACGGCAUGGCAUACCUCAACGCCAACAAAUUUGUGCACAGGGAUCUCGCUGCAAGGAAUUGCAUGGUGGCUGAAGACUUCACUGUAAAAAUUGGAGAUUUUGGCAUGACCAGAGAUAUCUACGAGACAGAUUACUAUCGGAAAGGAGGGAAAGGUUUGCUUCCUGUGCGCUGGAUGUCCCCAGAGUCACUGAAGGAUGGAGUCUUCACAACACAUUCAGACGUCUGGUCCUUUGGAGUUGUCCUUUGGGAAAUUGCAACAUUAGCAGAGCAGCCAUACCAAGGCAUGUCCAAUGAGCAAGUUCUUCGUUUCGUGAUGGAGGGGGGCUUAUUGGAGAAACCAGACAACUGUCCUGAUAUGCUGUUUGAGUUGAUGCGGAUGUGCUGGCAGUACAACCCCAAGAUGAGGCCCUCCUUCCUGGAAAUAAUCGGUAGCAUUAAGGAUGAGCUGGAUCCAGCAUUCAAAGAGGUCUCCUUCUUCUACAGCGAAGAGAACAAGCCUCCAGACACCGAGGAACUCGAUCUGGAGACUGAAAACAUGGAGAGCAUUCCUUUAGAUCCCUCCUCCACCCUCCAACCCUCUGACAAGCACUCAGGACACAAAGCUGAGAACGGCCCAGGCGUGGUGGUGCUGCGGGCCAGCUUUGAGGAGAGACAGCCGUACGCACAUAUGAACGGAGGGCGCAAGAACGAACGGGCCUUACCUUUGCCCCAGUCUUCGGCCUGCUGAUCCUUAAAACCCAGAAUCUCACAAACACACACAUGUUGGGGGAAGAAAGAAAGAAAAGAAAAUAUAUUCAAAAGCCUACUGUACCUCAGUGGAUCUUCAGAACUGCCGUAGCUGCACACGGGAGAAUCCUCUUUUCAGUAAACACAUUAGUUUUUUCAUUGUUCAAUAUGCAAGCAGAUGUUUAUUUCAGUAAAGGACUCUGUUCAAUGAGGCACACAGUCAGCCUUUCAAAACUCUAAUGUUAACACUUAAUAGCAACAGAAAACUUGAUCUGAUGUCUCUUCUUUCUCUCUCUCUCUCUCUCUCUGCUUCAUAAUGGGAAACAUAUCUCUGUGCAAGUUCAACCAUACAGCACUUUUAUCAGAUCAAAGAAAUUGCAGGCCAGGUGGCUCCCCGUUAGCCCUUGGAACACCUGCUUAACACUGUAGGUCUUUAUAAAACCAGAAUUGGAAGGGGGG